AGUUCGCUCUACAAGGGUUUCAUGGGGUGCACCAGCCGUGCAUCCCUGCACAUUAAUCGAAUAGGUUGUGGGAUGUUGGCGCAUGUUCGGCGCCUCCUGAGGCUACAUUGCCUUUUUUCAACUACUCGUCGCGGCCUGCCCUAUACAGCAUUUAUAACUUAGCAAAAGUGUGAAAAAAAGAUGUAGUCUGGGUGGCCGGAUAUUCGGUAGGGCAGACGCGGUGCUAUGUGUGGCGUUGGUACACAUGUCGGCGCCGCCCGUUGAGGCUACGAGUCAGCAGACAUAUAUUAUGAUAGAGCGUCACUCAGACAAAAUUUACACUACCAAAGUUCGGCGAGGUAAAAUCAUUCGCUUGGUACAAGAAAGGUAUUUACGCUUCGACAUCUCCUGCCGAAUCCGCGAAUGCACCCUGUGCAAGCCUCUUCCGACAGACGUAAAUGCGUCGGCCCUACCGCGGCAUCUCUCUCUAGGUGCUUCGCACUUCCUCGUGCCCGACAUGAACUUGCUGCUAAAUCAUUUGGAGCUCUUCGAGCGUCCGGAAAUUCGCUACAUUAUUGCGAGCCAGACGAUCUUCGACAAGCUGUACGAGCGGCGAGGCUACAGCGCGCGCGCCCUCGUUCAACGCCUCCGCUCUAUUUUGGUAGACACUCGUCGGUUGAGUAUCUUGUUCGACAAUGAACACUUCGUCGACACCUUCUUUGAUGACGCGACCUCCUGUUCGGGUUCAGAUCACGUUUCAGCUUCGAUUCUAGCGCUGGCCAAAUGGUACCAGCGACACCUUUCGCAGAUAUUUCAGCAACCUGCUGAUAUCCCGUCCCCCCGCGUCAGCGACCGCACCAUAGUCAUCUACCUCACUGACAGCCCGGAGUGGAUUCGACGCGCUCGAGAGGCCGGAGUCGUGGCUCAGACGCUGGGCCAGUACUUGGACAACUACUUCGAGUCAAGCAAAAACCUGCGCGAGUUGUACGACUCGUUGACCCAGACCUUUACUGGAAAAGAACUCAGGCCCCCGACGACCGACGAAGAAUUGCCUGAAAAGGUGAGCGACGUCAAAACUGGGUUCUGCGCUUACUGGGAAGACGACGUGCUUGAAGCUGGACAAAAGUCCCAAAGUCUAUAUAAAGGUAAAUUGUGUGUGGACAACUAUAAUUCAAAGGAGGCCUGGAUCACGCUCUCCCACCCCUCGUCAAUAGGAGAUUGCAUAUUCAUUUCCAACACGACCUACAGGAACCGCGCGAUAGACCAAGACAUCGUCGCCGUGGAAAUUCUGGACAAGUCUCUGUGGACGCUUCCCGCGGGCUUCGAACUGGAUAAUUUCCGCGACCAAUCCGACUCGGCUUCCCGUCGCUCGGCCGCUCCGCCCAGCGUCCAAAGAAGCGGCCGAUCGGUCCCUUGCGGCCGCGUCGUUGGUGUAUUCGAGAGGAAAUGGCGUCCCUACGUCUGCACGCUUCUACUCGACGAUUCUACCGCCCAUUUGGACAGCGGCUGGGUAACCGCCGUCCCUUGGAACUCCAGAAUCCCUAAAAUCCGCAUAUACACACGCCAAUACAAAGAGUUAGCUAAUUCCCGCAUUUCGGUUCGUAUCGAUAAAUGGGACGUCACGAGCUUCUAUCCGCAGGGUCACUACAUCGAAAAUCUGGGGCCCAUCGGCCACUACGAGACGGAAAUCAAGGUUUUGCUGAAGGAAUACGACGCCGAAACCACUGAAUUUUCCAUGAACGCCCUCGCGGAGCUCCCGCCAGUCUCCGAUCUUCCAUGGCAGCCACCUGGUACCGCGGCCGACCUGUCCAAACGGCGCGAUCUACGCUCCAUGAGGAUUUUCUCUAUCGAUCCCUACGACUGCCAAGACAUCGACGACGCGCUGUCUUGUUGCAAGCUCCCUAAUGGGAACACGCAAGUGGGCGUCCAUAUUGCCGACGUGUCCAACUUCAUCAAGCCUAACACCCCGCUCGACCUCGAAGCCAGGUCUCGCGCCACCAGCAUCUACUUGACCGGCCGGCGUAUCGACAUGCUUCCCUCUAUUCUCAGCGAACACAUCUGUUCCCUCCGCCGCCAACUCGAUCGAUUCGCCAUCAGCAUCAUCUGGGAGAUGGACCCCUACGCCAACAUCGUCAACACGUGGUACGGACGCACCUUGAUUCGCUCUUCCCACGAACUGAGCUACGAGCAGGCUCAGGCAAUUUUGGACCAUUCCACCAUUUCUCCUCCACUUUCCUACGCCGACAAAAAAUCUCUGGCCCUUCUCCGAUCGGAUCUGCUGGAGCUCCGGCGUCUCUAUCGCAUCAUCAGGUCUCGCCGCAUCAACAAAUGCGCCCUAGAGCUCGACAGCUCCGAGGUCAAAAUCCAACUCAACUCCGAAAAACAGCCCAUCUCGAUCUCCAUCAAGGAACCCCUCGAAACCAGCAGAAUGAUCGCCGAAUAUAUGAUACUGGCCAACACCGAUAUCGCCAGGUACAUCUACACUCAUAGACCUCAGAUAGCUCUUCUUCGUUGUCAUCCCAUACCCAAAGAAGAAAACUUCGAGCAGCUUAUCGCCAUGGCUAAAGUCCAUGGAUUCCAGAUAGAUCACCGAUCAAACGCUUCUCUUGCCAAAUCUCUCAACUACGCCGCUCUCCACGGCGGGAAAAUUUUCGGCCGCAUCCUGCGCUCUAUGGCGACGAUGGCCAUGUCAUGUGCAGAAUACGUCUUUUCUGAAGUUGUUCACACAAACAAUCGCCUUUUUAACACUCACGGCCGACCAGCAGACUCGUUUUAUCACUACGGGCUCGCCACAGACCUCUACACUCACUUCACCUCUCCCAUCCGUCGCUACGCCGAUAUAAUCGUUCACCGCAUUCUACUGGACAUACUGGACACCACUCCUUCUCAACCCGCGCCGUCCCAUCCCAGCAUAUCCUCUCUAACCGCCCUCUCCGACCAUCUGAACUCCAAAACGCUCAAAGCCAAACAAGUCCAACGCAAGUCCACCGAGCUCUUCCAGGCCUUGUACUUCAGUCUGUACGCCGACCAACACACCAAAGAAAACGCCGUCAUUGUCUCAAUCAAACCGAACGGCUUCCUCGUCUACUUGUUCAAGUACGGCUUCAAAGCCCCUGUCUACCUCGAAGACUCUAGUGGCGCCAUUCAAAUACCAAACAACGCCUUCUCCCUAGAUCCCUCCAGCUACCAAUCCAAAAUCACAGUCAAAUCCUAUGAGUGCGCCGAAGACCAUUCCAUGAUGCUUAUGCAUACCAACAUGGGCACGUUUUCUAUCAGCAUCUUCGACUCUCUAACCGUCCGCGUCAACGUCGUCCAGUCUCGUCUGCGCAGCCCCUCCAUUAAAUUAGAACUCAUUCACUUCGGCGCGGACAUCGAACUAGACAGUUCCUUCCAAGACUGCUCUCGCACCUUUGUUUCUCCUCACGUCGACGGACAGCUCUCAGCUCCAGCCUCCCAAAACCCCCUCCCCCCGAUCGACGCGUCCAGCUCGCCGGAACUCAGCAACUCCAGCCUUUCGUCACUCAAAAACAGCCCACUGUUCCUCGGCCUCGUCGACUUCGAAAAGUAUCAACAGAAUGCUGGAAAGAAUUUGUAUUGGCUGCUCGACCGCCUGUUGAAAUCGAUCAUCGAUCCCCCCAGAGCGAAGUCCGCCGCCCUGAUCAGCUUCCGAGAAGACAUCCUAAGCAUCACCAAACUCGUACCUGUCGCUAAAAAGAGCGUCGGACGUCGCGUGUUUCAAAAAGAUCAAUUCGAUUUUUCUGACUCUUGUUCUUACAAUGAAGAAGACAACCAAGAACCCGAUUCCCACAUCACCCUCCACCAAGGCAUUGAAAGAGUAGAAUUCGAAUACCGAAUUCAAGCCGUCUCCCUGAAGGCCGAGAAGGACUUUAAAUCUAAGCAAAUUCAGAUAGCAAAAAGCAGAUACAAGCCUAGACACUAAAAAAAGAAAACUGUCAAUCUAAACAUAUUAUACAUAAUAAAAGCAUCCUUCUGUCAAAGCGUUU